CACGACACGAGGGUAUUAUCGUAAUAUAUAGUCGGAUAGUCGCAAACCGUGUUAUUACAAAGCGCUCAAGUGAGAGUAAAGUUUGUGCCUUUAACUUCUAAAUACAAUAUUGCAAACGUCAAAAUGCCGUGCUGUAAAAUCCCAGGAAACAAGAACCAGUGUUGCCAAAUGAAAUGCGAUAAGAACGGAUGCGUUUGUAUAAAAACUAAUGGAAAACCCAAUGUUUGGUUAUGUCUUGAUGACAAGAAGAAUAUCAUCAAGUGUAACGACGACUGCAAAUGUCAGGAGAAAGAAGCCGGGUGCAAAUAUGUUCCUACCCAAGAAAGAACGUGUAUCUGCGUUUGUGUCGGUGAUAAUGAAGAAAUCAAAGUAUGCGACGAUUGUCAGUGCAUUUCUGAGGAACGCAAAUAUAUUCCCAAGAAAGAAAAACCGUUUAUUAGCUUUAUUGUGGGCAAGAAUGAAGAAAACAAAUUAUGCUGCACCAGCAAGUGUAUUUCGAAAAAAAAAUCCAAAAAAGGAAUCAACAAAAAAAAGUGCGUCAAAAAAGGAUAUGUAAGUCUAUCUAUAAAUAAUAAAACGAUUGUCUGCAUGUGUGAUACAAAUGAUGAAGAGAAUGGUAAAUCUAGUGAUGAGUGCGUUUGCGAAGAGAGUAGCUCCAGUGAUAGUUCAAGCUCCAGUUGCAAUUGUGUUUGCAUUGCUUGCGAAGGUGAAAAAAGUCUUUGCGUUGGUAUAAAUGUAAAGGGGAAAAUUGAGGCUUGUAAUGAUUGCUCCUGUGGACAAGAGGACACCACGCCUAAAAGUUGUGACAACAAAAAAUGCGACAAAAAGAAUUGCGUUUGUAUCGAGACGCGAGGUAAACCAUACAUUUGCGUCGGUAUUGACAAUAAAGGUACGAUUAUGUGCUAUAGCGAUUGCACUUGUAAGAACGAUUGCAAACAGGGACCCAAACCUAAGGCUAAUUUUGCGCCCAGCGGUGCAUCGUGUAUUUGCAUUUGCAUUGACAAUAAUAGAAAAGUUACCCCCUGCUUUGAUUGCAGCUGCAAACAGGAGGAAAAUAAAGAAACAGUUUGUGAAGGCUGCUGUUGUGUCCGACAAGAAAGUUUACCAGUUCUGGCGUUCACAGAGGACACUGCCAUCGAAGUAAGGAAGGCAAUCCUAGAAGAUAAAUCCACUAAUACUUCUUGCGCCGACUGUUUGUGUGAGAUUCCUAAAUGCACAAGUUUUAAUUGUAUUUGUCCUCCUGAAACAACAACUGUCACUGUUGUAAAGAAGUUUGAUGAAACUGGCGAAUCGCAUGACUGCAAUUGUCCUGAACCCAAAGGCGAAGAGAAACCUAAAUGCUGCAAGGAAUAAUUAAAAAGAUUCUUCUAUAGCACUUUUUUAUCUAAGCUUUUAUACUUCUUUAAUUUAUCAAAUGGUGUUUUGUUUGUAACGAUUAUAUUGUCUGAAAGUAUUUUUAAUCCAAUUUUGUACCUUAAUACUUCGUUUUUAUUAUAAUUAUGGCAAAAAUAUCAAAUAAGUAUGA